GUGAACCAGAGACAUUCAGCUGACAAAUCCAAUCAUCCUCCUUUAGCUGAGGGCGGCAAUGCAGCAGCAACAGGCACAGACUCAGGGAAGACCACCACAACAGCAACAACAACAACCACAGCAACAGCAACAACAGCAACAAGCGCAACAGCAGCAGCGGCCCCCUCAGGCGCAGGGAGCGCCCAUGCAACAACAAAAUUCACAGGGGCAGCAAGCUCGCCCACCACAGCAGGCCCAAGCGCAGGCACAAGGUCAGCCCCAGCCUCAGGCGCCAAAUCAGGGACAAGUGGCGAGUCAGCAGCAGCAGCAGCAGCAGCAGCAGCCCCAGCAGAAGCAGCAAGGAGCUCAACAGCCUCGUCCACCGCAAGGUCAAGGUGGCCAGCCAGACUUCCAAGCCAUCAUGAUGCAGCUGCAGAAGAUGGCAGAGCCCAUCCUGCGAAGGAUCAAGGAGAUUGAGACAAUCCUGGGAGGGCAGACACCGGCACAAGGGACGCCAGAGCGGACGAAGCUGGAGACGGAGCUUGUCGACCUCAAGCAGCAGCAGCAGCGCCUCUCGCACCAGUUCCUCCUCGCAAAGGCCCACCUCGCCCAGUCCCAGGGGCUUACGGCACAGUCGCAGCAGCUGAUGGCUCAGGCACAUUCCAUGAAUCGGCCGCCCUCGCAGGCUGCUUCGUCUACCGCCUAUCGUCCGCCUCAAGGCCAAGGCCAGGGACAACGGCCCUUGACUCCCCAGCAGCAACAACAGCAACAACAACAACAGCAGCAGCAGCAGCAGCAGCAGCAACAGACGAACCAGCAGGGCCAGGCAUCAGCAGGUGGGCCAGGCACGCCUGCCUCGGCCACACGCGGCGGCGCGCCUGGUGGUCAGGCCUCGUCGCCUGCCGUUGGCCAGAGCAACACCCAGCUACCAGCCUCUGGCAGUGGGUCCACCAGCGGUGCCCACCCACACGUGCCGCCCGAAGCGAUGAUUCAGCGAUCAGGCUCGGGCAUUGGUGCUAUGGGCGCAAUCCCAGCCCACCUCAACGUGUCUGCCAGCGUGCCCGAAGGCUACCCUAAUGCCAAUGGGCCGAGAGCGACGCUGAGCCAGGGGCUGGGCACCCACCCGGUCCUGGGCACGCCUGCCAUUCUGCGGCGGCCAGACGUCGGCAGCGGCAGCGGCAAUGGCGCCGUGGGCGGUGGCGCGGGCGGGGGCGGAGUCGCAGGCGCGGGCGCCGGUAGCAUCACCUCGACCAACCUCGAGGAGCUGCUGGGCUUCCGAUCGGCCAAGGAUGUCUCCAGGCCAGCAAACUCGGCAGGCGAUGCCGAGGCCAUCGAGAGCGGCAAUCCAGACUACUGGGACAAUCUCACAGGCAGGGGGACGGGUGCUGAGUCCCUGUUGAGCAACGCAGUCACCACGGCAGGCGCGGGCGGUGCGGCGGCAUCGGGUGCGCUCGGAGGCGCUGGUGGUGGUCAAGCCUCGAGCGAGGCGGCGCCCUCCAACGACGGGCGACUGCUGACCAAGCGCAAGGUGCAGGAGCUCGUGGCGGAAAUCGAUGGAAACGAACGGCUAGAAGGCGACGUCGAAGAUCUUCUGCUGGAAGUGGCAGACGAGUUUGUCGAGUCGGUCACGCAGUUUGCGUGUCGCUUGGCAAAGCACCGCAAGGGCGACCGACUCGAGGUCAGAGACGUCCAGCUCCACCUCGAGCGGUCCUGGAACCUGAGGAUCCCGACGCCGGGCUCGGUGCCCGUGCCCCCACCGAGGAUCCGCGGCGUGGGCACUGCGGCGACACAAAAGGGCGCGGGAGGCGCAGGGGGAGGGGUAGCAUCAGGAGGAGGAGGAGCAGCUGCAGCUAGCGCCACGGCUGGCGGAGGAGGAGGAGGAGGCGACAAGUGAUGCAGAUUAUUGACGACUAUUUGCGCGAUGUACAAAUACAGACCAGACACCCCAUUCACAGAUUGAGACCUCUACAAUGUCUAGCAAUAGCAUCUUUCUCUUUCUCUUUUGUUCACCAGGCUGCCGAAGAAGCGUCGAGGCUGAG